UGACAUUAUAACAUCUAGUCAUGUGACCUUCCGAUGACCUCAAAUGACAUCAUCAUCGAGAAUCCUUGAACUGACGACAAGUCUCAUGAAAAUCACUCGUUCGAGAAGGAGUCGUUUAGAGAGCACUGACCAGCACUACUACAACGAACUACAACUCUACAACGAAAUUCACCAUGAAUUCUAAGCCUGUUGGAAAAGACUUCAUAAACGUUGACUUCAGGAAUCACGACCUCAGAGGUUUAGAUUCUAGACCAAAAGCUCGUGUUCCGAUGUCAACCAAUCGGAAUUUUCCAGCUCUGAACCAGAGCGGGAAAACACCAGCAAACCCCCUCAAUACACGCCAACCGUUACGAGGCGUCAGGACUCCCAGACCCGACACAAAGUUUUCCACGACACCGACCCGCUUCGCUGAACCAAAAUCUGCCGCCAUUUCAGCAAAGCCAGCCCCAGACUGCGGUCAACCAGAGUCCACAGUGAAUUCAGCUGCUGGUUCCAAACCCUUCCAAGUUCCUCGUCGUAAAGUUACAAUUCAACGAGGUGACUGGGAAAUGGAAUUCAGUGAAGAUGAUGAUGAGAUCUACAUGGAUCAGAUAGUCACAUCCAAACCUCCAGUAAAAGCUGAUGAGCCUGCUAAAUGGAAUGAAAAGAAGAAAACCGGUCCAAUUGUUCCUGCUCCAACGUUUAACAUGAACAAUUUUCCAUCUUUAGACCAGAGGCAGAACACGACAACAGAUCCUGCCAUCAAACCAAAAUCCAACAAGAAUUCCAAAAUUGAUGUGAAAUCCUCCUGGAAUCACUUCAAUAAUGAUAAAGUUCCUGUUCCAAAGUACAACAGUCAGAACUGGUUUUUAGAUCCUGCCAUCAAACCUCAGCGAGUUCCGAGGACUUGGAAACCUAAGACACCAACCCAGUCUGUUGAACCACAAUCUGAAACCGUUCAGGAAAAGAAAGCAAGUCCUACGGUUCCUGAGAAGACACUCAGUGUGGUGGUUGAAGAACCACCAACACAAUCCAACUCUGACUGUCCUUCAGGAGUCGUCCAGGAACCUGUCCCAACUGUUUUUCCAAUCACCUUCGGAGACGUUGGUGUCUUGAAAGAACAGAAGGGACCGUCUCCUGUAGUGUUUCUGGAGCCCAAGAAACCCAGACCAGCAACAGCUGAGGAGCCUGCUGAACGGAAUGAGAAGGAGAAGACGCCAAACCUGAAUGGAAAUCCUGUGCAGAAAGAUAACAACACUGCUGCACUUCAACAGGAGAAUUCUGCCCUGAAAGUAGAACUCAAGCGUCUCAACAAAGUCCUUCAGCAGAAAGAUGAGGUUCUUUCUCUUGUUACUAGGAAAAUGGAGAAUCUUGAAAAAGAGUUAAAGUGCAGGACAACCUUCCUGGAAAAAGCCAAGAAUCACCUGAGCCAAAUGCAGCAGCAGAAGAGUGAGACUGAAACUGAAGCUGCUUUGGCUCAAUCUCAGAGAUUGUUGAAGGAGAAGGAGGAGGAACACGUGAAGGAAACCACGUCUUUAAAGGCCACUGUAGAACAGCUCAAACAGCAGCUUCAGGCUGAACGUUCUCUCAUGGAAAAGGAGAAAACGUCUUUCCAUGAAAAAACUCGUGAAAAUGUGGAACUCACCAAAAAAAUCCACCAGCUGGAAGAAAAUCAGACCUUAAAACGUACAGCAAACGAGGAAGAGGAAAGACUGCAGUGGCAGAAAGAAAAGACCUCCUUUCUCCAAGAAAUCUCUCAGUUAAAACAGCUUGUUCAGGAAAAGGACAACAACAUUUCCAAGUCUGAAGAGGAGUACAAAAGAACUCUUCAGGAGAUGGACAAGCUAAAAGACAAUAAUCAGGUGAAUUCAAAGCUCAUCAGCAAAGUGAAGAACCUGGAAGCUUCUCUUUGGAACGAAAAGGUAAAGACCAAUGAAGCCAACAGCUGCUUAACCCAGCAGAUGGAAGAGUCCACAAAGUUAAAAGCUGCAUUGGUCCAAACAGAGACCGAUCUGAGGAACCAAAUGCAGCAGUGGAAAACAGAGAAACAAAGGCUCCUCAAAGAAUAUCAGAUGGAAUCAGCAAAGAUUCAUGAUGCCUUAAUGGAGACUAAAAAGCAGCAGGCAGAGGACAAACAGAAGUGGGACGAAGAGAAGUCCUCCCUUUCUCAAGAAAUCUCUCAACUACAAGAGGAUAUCAAGAGAAAGGACGGCAAACUGGACCGCUACCAAAAGCUCUUCACAAAAAAGAUCAAACAACUCCAAGAGCAGGUGGACGAACUCAAAGAAAAGACCAAGAAAAAAUCACGCAGUGGUUUUCUGAGUUUUUUCAAAAGGUCUAGUAAAAAAGAUUAAGAAUCCUGACGACCACGGAGGAGGUCUUUGAAGAAAAGACUCAAGACCUCCAUUGGAAUGUGACUUUUAGAUGAACUGAAGGAACUUUUAGGAAAU